AUGCUGCAGCAGGGGGUAAGAGUUGCUGCAGCAGCAGCUGCUGCUGCUGCAGCAGCAGCAGCAGCAGCGAGUGCAGCAGCAGCAGCAGCAGCUGCUGCUGCAGCAGCAGCAGCGAGUGCAGCAGCAGCAGCUGCAGCAGCAGCAGCAGCAGCAGCAGCGAGUGCAGCAGCAACAGCUGCUGCUGCAACAGCAGCAGCACGUGCAGCAGCCGCAGCAGCAACAGCUCGAGCAGCCGCAGCAGCAGCAGCAGCAGCAGCAAAUCAGCAGCAGCAGCUUCAGCAGCAGCAGCUUCAGCAGCAGCAGCAGCAGCAGCAGCGGAGACAGCAUGACCAUCAAGAUUCCCAGGACCAGCAGCAUCGGCAGCAGCAGCAGCAGCAGCAGCAGCUGCACCAGCGGCAGCAGCAGCAGCAGCAGCAGCAGCAGCAGCAGCAGCAGCUGCACCAGCGGCAGCAGCAGCAGCAGCAGCUGCACCAGCAGCAGCAGCAGCAGCAGCUGCAGCAGCUGCACCAGCAGCAGCAGCAGCAGCUGCAGCAGCAGCAGCAGCAGCAGCAGCAGCAGCAGCAGCUGCAGCAGCAGCAGCAGCAGCAGCAGCAGCAGCAGCAGCGAGGACCGUUUGAGUUUGCUGCCGGUGUUUUCUUUGCCAAAAUGCAGCAGAGGAAAUUUGCCAGGAAAUUUGUUUUGCUGCUGCUGGAGUGUAUGUACAGGUUGCUUGUGCGAGUAUACUUAUUUCCCUGCAACGCCGGAGACGGAGGACUUUGUGGUGCGAGCAGUUGCUGA